AUGCCUCAAGACGGUCUGAGAUCGGCUGUGUACAGAUCAUUUGUCAUAUGUGAUGAUCCAAAAGGCGUAAUUGAAUGUAAAACGAUCAGAAAAUCCAAAACCAAUCCUAACAGAUCAGAUGAAAAAGGCAAAAGUCGAAGAAAUCCUAGGAAUUUGAAUUCCUCUUCUGCAUUCAAAGAAGAAUCAAUGAAGAUGGGCUCAAAAAAUGUCACAGAAGAAGAUUCACAUAACCCGUGGUCUGUGGGGAUGACAAUUGAUGGGCAUUCUAAAGAAAUUGCGAAAGAUUUGUUGAAAGGAGCUCUUGAUUUGCAAGGGUCUUUGAUCAUGCUUGGAAAACUACAAGAUAAGUUGUGGGAAAAUCGAAAGGAAAAAUCCAGGGGAGACAGAAUUGGUGAAGUGGGGAUUGAAAGAACAAAAUCCCAUCACUUCCAAGAUCAUGAUUCCCAAAUGGGAUUUGAGAAACUGGGAUUUUCUGCUGAUGGGUGUUCGAGGGAUUGUUUUGACGAGCUUAGGACUGUGAUCAGAGAUGGUCUUGCUAGGCAAAAUCUUUUGCUGCCCAGUUGCACUGAAAAAAAGGCUUACUGUGAUAAAAGAACAUUGGACUCGGGUACUGAUAUUGCCUCCACUAGCUCAAGCCAGUCCUUCCAAGGCUUUGCCUCUUCUGAUAGUUCACUAAAAUCAAAUGCUCCUCACAAGUCAAAAGGCUCGAAUUUGAUUGCCAAGCUUAUGGGUUUGGAAGAAAUUCCCUCAGAAACCGUGCAGAUUAGUCCCCAGAAAAAGUUGGAGAGUAAAAAGAUUUCCUUUCAGAGAAGGCCUAUGUUUGAAAUUGAUAUGCCAAAGGCGAGGAAAUCUCAUUCUGCUGAUUAUAAGGUAGAUACAGAACAGAAGAAACUGAAAGAAAUAGUCAAAAGAUUUGAGAACAUGCAAUUUGAAAGGCUUGUGAAUGGCAAUUCUGAUGAAGGGGUUCAUCAACCAAAUGCAUGGAAAUUGGAAUUUGUUAAAGUUGAAUUGGAUAUGAUUCAUGAAGAUGAA